CCUCAAGCCGCCGCUAGCCUCGCCCCGAGUCCCCCGGAGGAGCCGGGCGGCGCGACCAUGUUUGACAAGACGCGGCUCCCCUAUGUGGUGCUGGAUGUGAUCUGUGUGGUGUUGGCUGGCUUACCUCUUGGUGUUCUAAACUUGGCAAAAAUAAAGCCUUAUCAGAGAGGCUUUUUCUGUAGUGAUGACACCAUCAAGUAUCCAUUCCAUGACAGUACCGUCACAUCCACUGUCCUCUACACAGUGGGGUUCACCUUGCCCAUUUGCUCUAUAAUCAUAGGAGAAGCCCUUUCUGUGUAUUACAACCAUUUGCACUCCAACUCGUUUGUCCGAAACAACUAUAUCGCCACUAUUUACAAAGCUAUUGGGACAUUCAUUUUCGGCGCAGCUGUGAGCCAGUCUCUGACAGACAUUGCCAAAUACUCGAUAGGCAGACUGAGACCUCACUUUGUGGCUAUAUGUAACCCAGAUUGGCGACAGAUCAACUGCAGUUCGGGUUACAUUGAGAACUUUCACUGCCUUGGAGACAAAGUCAAGGUUAAUGAGGGACGAUUGUCAUUUUACUCUGGACAUUCUUCGUUCUCCAUGUAUUGCAUGCUGUUCCUCGCACUUUAUCUCCAGGCCAGAAUGAGAGGUGACUGGGCAAGACUUCUGCGUCCCACAGUACAGUUCGGCCUCAUUGCGUCAUCGAUCUACGUGGGUCUCUCUCGUGUUUCUGACUACAAGCAUCACUGGAGUGAUGUGCUGACUGGACUUAUCCAGGGAGCAGUGGUAGCUGUUCUUAUCGUUGCAUAUGUGUCAGAUUUCUUCAAAGUGAGAGGUCGCACUUUUAAACAGAAGGAGGAAGAAGAUUCGCACACAACUUUACAUGAGACACCUACCAAUGGAAAUCACUUUGGCAGUAAUCACCAGCCGUGACCAACUCAAGAGCUAAUACCCUGUGGAAUCUCCUGUUCUCCAAAAGGAAAGUUUUGCAAGUCUUCCUGCCCUAUAUAAAGAAAUAAAUUAAAAUGCCUUUUGAAGGGACUGCUGCUGCUAUACCUCUUGGAUGCUCACUUUACGUGUAUAUAGUAACAUUUAAGACCUAUGUAUCUAAAAACUUCAUUUCUGUUGGUUCAAGCUUGUGCUUUAAAGACACAUUAUUUGGGCUAUUUUUUAAUUAA